AUGCCAAUUGAACAGUUUUCUGAGACGCAAGAGGGAGACUGUCCAUUCCAAACUGGAGAGCCACAUAAAGAAAGUAACACAAGGAUACCGGAUUGCUAUGGGUCUAUAGUGGAGAAAGAGCUUAUGGCUUAUUCGCAGGAGAGUCUCUGCACAGAGAGAAGAGAUGGAAUAAUGCUUACCCCAGAUGAGGAAGAAUCUCCAGCUGGCCUUGGCAUAAAAACAGAGAUGCAUCUGUCGAAUGACACGUGUUCAUCAGAAGAUGAUGACCUGGAUAUCAUUUAUAGGAAGAAUAAAACUAUCUGCAAUAAGGCAGCACAAAAAAAAUCAAUCACACAGAUUAUUAAGGAUAAAAAGAAACAGACACAGCUCACUUUACAAUGGUUGGAAGAAAACUACAUUGUAUGUGAAGGGGUAUGCUUGCCACGGUGUAUACUGUAUGCACAUUAUCUGGAUUUCUGCAGAAAGGAGAAGUUGGAGCCAGCUUGUGCAGCAACUUUUGGAAAGACGAUUCGACAGAAGUUUCCUCUUCUGACCACAAGAAGACUGGGCACCAGAGGACAUUCAAAAUAUCAUUACUACGGCAUUGGCAUAAAGGAAAGCAGUGCGUAUUAUCAUUCAGUGUACUCUGGAAAAGGGCUGACAAGGUUUUCUGGCAGCAAAUUGAAGAGUGAGGGUGGAUUUACCAGGAAGUAUUCCCUUAGCUCAAAGACUGGAACUCUGCUACCAGAAUUUCCUAGUGCACAGCAUCUUGUAUUACAAGGAUGUUUGUCUAAAGAAAAGGUAGACACACUCAUCAUGAUGUACAAAACACACUGUCAAUGCAUUCUUGACAAUGCCAUCAAUGGAAAUUUUGAGGAGAUCCAGCACUUUUUAUUGCAUUUUUGGCAAGGGAUGCCAGAUCACCUGCUGCCUUUGCUUGAAAACCCCGUUAUCAUAGAUAUAUUUUGUGUUUGUGAUUCUAUUCUUUACAAGGUUCUCACAGAUGUCCUCAUACCAGCAACAAUGCAGGAAAUGCCUGAAAGUUUACUAGCUGACAUAAGAAACUUUGCUAAACACUGGGAGCAAUGGGUUACUACGUCAUUGGAAAACCUUCCAGAAUCACUCUCAGAAAAGAAACUGCCAAUUGUUAGAAGAUUUGUGUCAUCUUUGAAGAGACAGACUUCAUUCUUGCACUUAGCACAAAUUGCUCGGCCAGCUUUGUUUGAUCAGAAUGUGGUAAACUCCAUGACUGCAGAUAUUGACAAGGUAGACCUGUACAGCAUUGGAUCUCAGGCUCUUCUUAGCAGUUGUAGUGGUUCUGAUUCUGACAGCGAUGUCUACACAGAGCUCUUUCAAGAACUAAAAGACCUUUUGAAGAAAAAUGCAACCAUUGAAUCGUUCAUUGAGUGGUUGGAUAAUGUUGUAGAGCAAAGAGUUAUUAAGACGAGCAAACAAAGUGGCAAGUCACUGAAGAAGAGAGCUCAGGAUUUCCUGUUAAAGUGGAGUUUUUUUGGUGCCCGAGUUAUGCACAAUCUAACAUUGAACAACGCAUCUAGCUUUGGUUCAUUUCACCUGAUACGAAUGCUUCUGGAUGAAUAUAUUCUACUUGCUGUUGAGACACAGUUUAAUAAUGAUAAAGAACAGGAACUUCAGAAUCUAUUGGAUAAAUACAUGAAGAAUGCAGAUGCAAGUAAAGCCACAUUUACCGCAUCUCCUAGCUCUUGCUUUCUUGCUAGUCGCAACAAAUCUACUAGUCUUCCAAGUGAAUCCACUGUCAAAAACGAGUGUCAGCAAGAACAAGGUUACCCAGCUAUGUCACCAGACCAGCAUGCUAGUCUUGUACGUGGACUGCACUCCUUUUCAAAUGAAGAUAACGAAAAUAUUCCUAUUACAGAUCAGAUGGACGUUACACAAAGUACAGCUCACUUGAUGACUCCACCAAUGUCACCCGCCAUGUUAAAUCGUGGUAGUGUUAUAAAUCAAGGACCGAUGGCUUUGAGGCCUUCUAGUGCAGGCCAAGGAAUAUCUAGUCAUUCUCAAGUUUCUUCAUUUUCUGAGCCACUUUAUCAGAACCUUCCUCAGUCUAACCAGAACUACUUCUCAUCUGGUUCAAACUAUCAAGCCAUGUUCCGAGCUCAUGCUCAGACUGCCUCUGGAGCUUUCCAUCACAGAUUGGAUAAUAGCCGCUACCCCCAGAUAAAUGAGCAGCAGGCUUCACGAGAUUAUUUCAGCAACAGCUGUGCAGUGACUUCAUUUGGUGCUCGUCCUUCCUCGAAUUAUGGAAAUUCAUCAAAUCCUCAAGAUAUACAAAACAUGCAGUUUCUCAAUGCUAGUGGAUUCAAUUUUUUAAAUGGUUCUGUUUCUGGAAGCUGUCAAGGAGGAGCCUAUUCUUCAAACACACCUAAUGGGUACUAUGGAAAUAAUUUAAACUACUCAGAGUCCCAUCGACUUGGAUCAAUGAUAGAUCAACAUGUAUCUGUGAUAAGCAGCAUUAGUUCUAUACGUCCAUUGCAUUCUUUUAAUGAUAUCCAUGAUCCACUAAAUAUUUUAGAGGACAGUGGAAGAAAGCAGUUGGGAUCCUAUUAUACAGCUGCAUCACCUGCUACCCUUUGUCGCAAUUCAAUGGCUUCAAAUAUGCAAAGUGUUAUAUCUGCUUCAACCUCUCAAUGUAUGUAUGGAACGGCGGAACAAUACACCCCUCAAGAAUCAUUGGAUACUCAUGUCCAGUCUGGUGACAUGAGUGAAAUGGUGUCCUCUUUACCUCCAAUCAAUACAGUCUUCAUGGGAGCUGCUUCAGGAAACACAUAG